AUGCGUUUCUACACCAUCGCCCUGUUGACUGGCGCUACCGCCGUCGCCGCUAACAGCGCGACCCUCCUCCUACCCGGCUUUGCGGGUCAGGAUCUCAAGGCUAGCAUUGUGGACACCAACGGAGAUGCGACUACCUACAAGAUCACCUGCUCCAAGACCGCCGAUGCCUGCGGUAUUGUCGGCGAGGGCAUGACCGCAAUUGCCGCACCAACCUCCAUGCAGCUGAUGAACAUCGACCUUCAGGGAACCAUUGGAACUGUUUCCUGCAACAUUGCCGGCACCACUUAUGCCUCCUGCCAGGCCUCCGCCGGCACUGCCACCCCGACGGGCACCCUGGGCCCAGAUGAUCUGAACUGGAUGCCCGUGACUAUCUCCACCACCCACACCCCGACGUCGACCACCACCUCCACCAAGGCCCCCACCAGCACCACCAGCAUCACCACGACCGAGGUGACCUCCACCACUACCCCGGCCAUCACUUCUACGUCGACCCUCGUCACCUCGACCCCCAAGAAGUCCUCAUCUCUCAUUGUCUCCGCUACUGCCUCCUCCACCCCCCUGGUCGCGGCACCCACCAACUCUGCUGUCAUCGGAACCGGUGCGCCUGCCUCUUCCUCGACUCCCUUCAACGCCGCCGGCCAGCUGGCAGGCAGCAUCUGGACCGUUGGUGGUGCCUUCAUGGCUCUUGCCUGCGUUUUCGCGUAA